GUCUCACGUAGCUCUGGUCUCUUGGAUAUUAGCACCAGCUGCGUAAACUGGACAACAACGCUGUCACUAUGAAUGCCCCUCUGGCAACCGUUCUGCUAGGACUUAUCUCUGCUGCCUCUGCCGGAUUCAUCGGUGGAUAUGGUGGCGCUUUCAACGGUGGCUACGGCGGUGGUCUUGGAGGUGGUCACGGGGGUGGCCUCGGCUCUUUCGGUAGAGGUGGCGGGUUCGGUGGCGGCUAUGGCGGUGCUAUCGGUGGCGGCCUCGGUGGAGGGGCCGGUGGUGCUGGUAUCACCGUAGCCGCUGUUCCAGUCGCUGUCGCAACUCCAGUCCUUGCUGCCAGGCCCGUUGCUGCUGCUGUUCCUGGCCGCUCCACCACAUCUUACGGCACCAGCACCACGACUGUGACCACAUUGCAUGGGGGAGGUGGAGCUGGUGUAGCUGGUGGAGCCGGUGGAUUUGGUGGUGCUGGUGGGUUCGGCUACGGAGGAGGUGGUUACGGACUUGGAGGUGCCGGUCUCGGAUCUGCAGCUGGCUUUGGCGGCGUAGCCGUACCGGUCAUCGCAGUCUCCCGUCCUGCUGUCGCUGUGGCCGCUGCGCCAGCGGUCGCCGUUGCUCGUCCUGUGGCUGUCGCUGUUCCGACUGUGACUGUGGCUCGCCCAGUGGCUGUUGCGGUGCCAGCCAUUGCUGUCGGAGGCGGUGGUCUCGGAGGCGGCCUUGGGGGAGGUCUUGGUGGUGGCUACGGUGGUGGUCUUGGUGGUGGCUUCGGUGGAGGUCUUGGAGGAGGCAUUGGCGGUGGUCACGGUGGCGCACAUGGUGGUCUUGGAGGCCUCUUCGGUGGUCUCCGAGGCGUCUACGGUGGUGCCAUCGGAAAGCCUGCCACCAGCUACAGCUACUCAUCUAAGUGGUGAAUACGUGUAAAUGAUCCAGCAGCUUUGUGGAAUGCGCCACAUCGUAUAGAAAUUACCGCCGAGGAUGAGCGCAGAACGCUUGGUCUAAAAACAUCUGCAAGUUUGGAAAGCUGCAAGAAAAAUAUUUAACACAGAUCCUUCGCCCAAAGAAGCGGACGUAAAAAUGACCAAGCACGGUGAAGUGCAACUUGAAUCAUCAACUUCAAGAUCACCCUCGAAGGUCUCUCAAACGUGAAGUUCGACUUCACGGAACUAUACAUCAAGACUUCGCGAUUGAAAUUUGUAGUGUUCGCCAUGGUAAAAUAAAGAAACUUCAAUUCU